UUCUUAUUCGGACCGGAAAACACAACUGAAGUGAAUCGGUGGAGAAAGAGAUAUUUUCAGAGUGAUAAUAACAACAUUGCUCUUCGAGGAGAUUAACGAUUUUCCAAAUAGCUGGCGAGUUCGAUCUCUAUAUAGUUUGAGAUUUUUCCUGAUCUGAAGUUGCUUCAACUAUUUCUUUUCCUUUAACGGGUAUUUUUUUUGGAUUUUACUAGUCUUUGCUUUCUUGAUUUGCUGGUUGUGUUUCUGUUGUUUGAUUUUUGGGGUUCUCCCUUUUUCCUUUUGAGUAAUUGGAAUUAGGUUGAAAAGUUGAAUUCUACUGAAGAUGUUCUUUCAUUUGAACAUGUAUUAUGAUGGGUUUAGAGUUUAAUUAAGUUUAAAGAUUGGAUUUUUAAUGUUAUCCUAUCUUGCUUUCAAGCAAAAAAGUUCCUACUUUUAAGUUGUUAUUCUUAUCUUGAUCUUUUAGUUCUUUUAUUUUUUGGUUGGGAGAGUUAAAUCUUGUUGCUCGUGAUCUGGGGUUGCUUGUUUUUGUAUGUUGAAUCACUCUAUAGUAUAUUUGUUUUGGUGGUUUUGAGAAUAUUUGUCUGGGAGCUUUGGUUCUUCAUGGAUUUCAUGGGAGAAGUCAGUUUUGCUGGAGGGAGUGAUGUUAGUGGCUUUGACAAUUGGGGUUCUGGUUUUCCUGAUCAGGAAGUUUGGGCUACUGAGGAUGAUUAUAGAGCCUGGAAUGCUGGGCUCUCCUCCGAGACCCCUUCGAAUUCGAAUCAGGAUGGUAGACAUUCCCUAGACCGAUCCGAGAGUGAGCCUCCACACAAGAAAUUACGGAACUUGCAGGGGGUAGAAUCAGUUAAUAAUCGCGCUAAAGCAAUUGGAAAGAUGUUCUUCAAAACUAAAUUGUGUUGCAAGUUCCGCGCUGGGGUUUGCCCUUAUAUUACUAAUUGUAACUUUGCUCAUGGAAUAGAGGAGCUGCGCAAGCCGCCUCCUAAUUGGCAAGAUAUAGUGGCUGCACAUGAGAGUGAGUGUGCUGGAGGAGUGAUGCUGGAACCGAGAGAAGAACAUCAGAUACCAACUGCUAGUUCUCCUGAGCUGUGUGCGGAGUCCCAAAGGUCCUAUAAAGGGAGGCAUUGCAAGAAGUUUUAUACGGAAGAAGGAUGUCCUUAUGGAGAUACUUGCACUUUCCUUCACGAUGAACAAUAUCGAGCUAGAGAGAGUGUUGCAAUAAGUGUGACUCCCACUAUAGGUGGAUUCGGUAAUAAUGCUGCUGGAGCAAACCUGAAGCCUUCAAACUGGAAAACAAGAAUUUGUAAUAAGUGGGAAACCACUGGUUAUUGCCCUUUCGGCAGCAAGUGUCAUUUUGCACAUGGAGCGGCAGAAUUGCACAAAUAUGGGGGAGGACUUGUGGAUAUGGAGGGCACAGAUUCUCUAUCGACUCCUCCAGACUUAAAGCAGGGAGGGGGUCCUUUUAAAACAGCAGAAAGUACGGUACCCUCGACCAUUUCAGCACCUCAUACAGAUGUUUACCAUUUGGGGCCGGGCGUUCAAGUGCAAAGGCCCUCUGGCAUAGUCCAGAGGACUGGCAAAAGGGUCAUUCAGAAAUGGAAAGGGCCAGAAAAGAUUAGUAAGAUAUAUGGUGACUGGAUUGAUGACAUCGAGUGAAAGAAGUCGUGUUUGCUGACUAUUAUCCGUUUAUAAAGAUAAUCUUGUUCUCGAGGCAGGUAUAUAUAGGCAUCAAAAGGAAUUUGAGUUCUUUUAUAUUGCUUUGAACUGCAAUGGAGCCACACCUACUGUUGUUUUCGAGCUACAAAUAAAACACCUGCUUGUUAGCAUGUGUUGCUCUAUGUAUUCUACCAUCCUUGUUUGGAAGAAAAGGAGCGAAAACGCGAAAAUCUUUGUUGUAGUCCAGCCUCUUGAAUUUAAUUAUGUGAUAUGCAUUGCCAAGUGAAAAA